AUGAGUGCUAGGCAAAGAUCUCAAUCUGCUACACGUCUAGAAAUUCGUAAUCGUUUCGCUCCGCGUUUUUCAAGUUCAGUGCGUAUUGAUACAACAAAAUUAUAUCCUAAGGAUCAUAUUGUUGGAGUCAAACAUAUUCUUACAUAUGAUUCAUUAUAUGAUCUGUAUAUAUCUAAUCGGUGGAUUAAUGAAAAAGAUGUAAAUUUAUGUAUUAAUACAUUCAUCUUUUUUGUCACUGAAAAUGAGGGAUAUCAACAUUUAAAAGUAUUACAAUUGAUGAAAUGGUUGAAUAGGUGA